UGUGCGGGGAUCUUGGGGUUUGUGCGUUUCCUGCGCGGCUGGUACGUCGUCGUGCUUACGAAGAAGAAAAAGCUCGGUACUCUUGGGCACCACGAGGUCUUUGAAGUCGAACGGGUGGAGUUGGUUCCGAUCGCGGACCAGAAUCUCAUCCAAGAAGAGCAAUUCUUCCAGUUUGAACAAGCCGACCUCGCGGAGGAGCAAAAGUGGGUGGAACGCUGGAUGUCCGUGUUGAAAAGCGGGAAUUUUUUUUUCAGUUACAGCUACGAGCUGUCGCGCAGCGUGCAGCAAAACCAGGCGGACCGACUUGCGGAAAGCGAUCCGUUUUACGCGGAUCCGGAAUUUUUUCGCUUCGUGUGGAACGCACACAUGCUCCGGCCCAACGCAAGUGGUAGAGCUGCAAGUGGCACGACACAACUCCGUCGUAAAAAUCUUUCACGGCAGCUAGUAGUACACCCCUGCAGAAGAAGUUGUAGUUUCUACUCUACUUCGCUCGGCACUCCCGACCGACCCGAGUGGCGGACUUUUUGUCUCACAAUUUGCCACGGCACGUUCGCGCAGCAGAUUCUGAGCUCCUACUCGCAGCAACUCGAGAUCACGCUGGUGUCGCGCCGGAGCACGCGGUUUGCGGGCACGCGGUACCGCAAACGCGGCAUGAACGCGCACGGCCAUUGUGGAAAUGAGGUGGAGUCCGAGCAGAUUUUGUGCCACCCCGGGAUUCGUUCCAUCUUGAGCUUCGUCCAGCUCCGGGCCUCGGUGCCGCUGUUCUGGGGCCAGGAGAGCACGGCGAUGGCGUUCAAGCCGCCGAUUGUCUACCCAAAGGAAGACAUCGAUCUCCAGGCGACCAGGCGGCACCUGGGCGACUUGCUGUCUCGGUACGGAAGCCCGCUGGUGGUGCUCAAUUUGAUGCGCAACUCAGCCGGCACGGACGAGCAGACACUGUCGGCGAAAAUGAAGACCUGCCUGGAGAAGCUCGCUGCGGAAAUUGUGGCCAACGACGCGAGCGGGCUGUUGCAAGUCGUCUACCAUCAUUUGGACCUCAAAGCCGCGGCCAAAUUGGAUUUGAAUUAUGCUGCCGGAACUGGUGCAGGGGCGGCACAGGCGGGAACGCCGACUCUGGCGAUCGCGGAAACCAUGAGCAGCUCCGGCGCGGCCAGUGGAACGACGUUGUUGAGUUACGAUAGCUACAAGGUCAACAGCGCAGGAGGUAUAAUGCUGCCACUUCAAUCGGUUGCCGAGGGAGUCGCAAUAGGAGCACCACUCAGUGGAGACAAUUUUGGAAAUCGCCUAGGAGUUGGUGCACCACCAGGAGGUUCUUCUUCUGCGAAUAAUCCGCUUUAUGGUGCUGGAACUACUGCAGCUGCGGUCGACCGGUCAAUACAGAAGCAGCGAUUUAACCGAUUGGUUUGCGAAACGGCUGAGGCCAUGGUGGACAAGGUGGGGUUUUACCACCAGACGCGAUCUUCCGUAAAAAGUGUGCAGAGCGGUGCGGUCAGGGUCAAUUGCGUAGACUGUCUUGAUCGGACCAACGUGCUUUUGUUUUUCCUUGGCCUGGAGGCCUUCGAGCGACAGCUGAAAUCCCUCGGCGCGGUGCCGACGCUGGUACCUCGGCAGCUGCGGUUAGCAGUCGAUGCUCUGCCGCGGACCCUGAAUUUUGUGGAUCGACAAAUAGAGGCGGACGAUGCUGAGAGCCGUUGGACUUCAAGUGGCAGAGGUCCAGGACGGGGAGGGGAGCAGCUUCAGCUUGUGUUAGAGGACGCACAUCAGGGCAGGUACGUCAGCUUCUCGUCAACCUCGGCAGCGGCCGGGGUUAGAAGUUUCAGUACAAGUGUCGGACCCCCGCAAGCGUCAACAACACAGACCCCUCCAUCGACGAGCCCCCGGAGCGAGCAGGACUUUUCCUCAGCACCCGACGUUGGCCACAAGAGCGCAGAACAUCAAGCUACCACCUUCCCGCGGCAAUACAGCAAAGGCAGCACAGCACCGUCCCCGAAUCGGACUGGUGCUUAUCGUCGGCAAUCCAGUCUCGAGUUAGACGGACACGUGGCGCAACUCCUCGGCGAACUGUACGACACCAGCGGUGACUGCCUCUCCAUGCAGUACGCCGGCUCGGUGGCGCACAAGAAGUAUGCCUCCUCGUCAGGCGGAAAGGAGCUGUUGACCAGCAUCCAGCGGCAGUACCAGACGAGUUUCCAGGACGCCGAGAAGCAGCUCGCCAUCAAUUUGUUUCUGGGGAUC